AUGACAGCUGAUAAAGAAAUCAUUUCUACGACUUCUGCAAGGGAAGAGAAAUCCAGUAAUGGAGAUCAAAAACAUGGAGUAAUGAAAACAAUACAUUCGAAGAUAUUCAAUGUCAAAUACGAGAGCAAGGGUGACUAUGAUUUAAACCGUCUUGGCAGGGAUACACUUUCGUCGCCUGAUUCGCUCACUCUCCAUUCCUUUAAUGGUAGUUGUGCAAGUGGAUCAUGCCACAACGUCGUAGUGAAAAUUAGAAGAGCUUCCAGCAAAGUUGGUCGAAAGGUAGUAGCAGCCGCUAAAUUUAUAGGACCUGGGAUGAUGGUAGCUGUCGCAUAUAUGGAUCCAGGGAAUUACUCUACAGACGUCGCAGCUGGAGCACAAAAACAAUACGCUUUACUUUUUGUUGUUUUGUUGUCAAAUCUGCUGGCAAUUUUUUUACAGUCUCUGGCGAUUAAACUCGGAGCAGUGACAGGCCAUGAUCUCGCAGUCAAUUGUCGUGUGCAUCUACCGAAGUGGGUGGGUUACGCAUUAUAUGUUUUUGCCGAAGUAGCAAUCAUCGCUACGGAUAUUGCAGAAGUUAUCGGUACUGCCAUCGCGUUAAAUAUUCUAUUUAAUAUUCCUCUGAUGGCUGGUGUUAUACUUACGAUUGUUGACGUUUUAAUAGUACUUCUUGCAUAUCGUCCAGGUAAUGGAAUGUUGACUGUUAGGAUAUUUGAAUUGGGCGUCAUGAUACUUUUGUUUGGUGUUGUGAUAUGCUUUGCUGUUGAGCUGUCACGUAUACCACCUGUAAAUGUAGGUCAUGUGCUUCGUGGUUAUAUUCCCUCAUCAGAUGUCAUUAAUGGGGGCGGAUUAUAUCUGUCCUGUGGAAUUUUAGGUGCCACUGUGAUGCCUCAUAGUCUCUACCUUGGUUCUGCAUUAAUUAAGCCAAGAGUUCACGAAUACGACGUGGCGCAUGGAAACGUCACUGAGGAUAUGUCUGCAGCUGACAUGGAGGAAAAAUAUCAGCCUACAUUUAUGGCCAUUAAGAGUAUUCUGAACAAGUCCAUUAUUGAACUAGCUAUUUCUCUAUGUACUGUGGCAAUUUUCGUCAAUAGUGCUAUUUUAAUUGUUUCUGGUGCAACAAUGUUCGAUAACUCGUCAGUGGUCGACGCAGAUCUCUACGGUAUCUAUCGUAUUUUAGGAGAGAUUUUAUCCAAGUCUGCUGCCACAUUGUUUAUGGUUGCAUUACUUUGCUCUGGUCAGUCUGCCGGUAUAGUUUGUACAAUUGCUGGGCAGAUUGUUAGUGAGGGCCACAUUAAAUGGAAAUUCCGUCCUUGGUUAAGACGUAUUAUCACCAGAGCCAUUGCAAUUGUGCCAUGUGUGGUAGUCGUCGCAGCGGUCGGGAAAUCUGGUCUUAACGCAACUUUAAAUGCAUCUCAAGUGGCGUUAUCUAUUCUUUUGCCAUUUCUUACUGCUCCACUUAUUUAUUUGACUUCUAAAAAGGAAGUCAUGUCUGUGACUGUUCACCGCGAUAGACCUGUUAUAGAUGUAGAAGAACCCCAGGUCGGUUAUUCUGUAGUUGACAUGUCGAAUGGCAUAUUGUGCAAAAUUCUGGGGUUUUCUGUUUGGUUAUUCAUUGCCAUCCUCAAUGUAUAUCUCAUUGUACUGUUGGGAUUAAGCAGCCGCCAUUAA